CUUAUUUUGAUAUAUGAGGGAGAGACUAGAACCAGCUAGCAACUAGACUAGCAGCUGCUCUGUGUUUGCUGUAAACACAUCCACUGCAAAAAUAAAUAGAGCUUCUUUGAAUACAAGGAAGUACAUGAUCAUGUAUCUCGCUCAGAUUUCCGUUCAUACAAACAUCCUUAUUUUGUGUAAAUACUGACCAGGAAACAAAACUGUUACCUUCUCCCCCUGCCCCUCCCCUGCCGGGGUUGACUGAGUGGGCAUCCAUAAAUGGUACCAUCUGCUGUUCUGUCCUGUAGUGUUCGUGUUUGGUCAUUCAUAAGUCACCAACUUUUCAGGCUGUAAAGAUGUUAGAUCUGUUACUGGGUCUUGUUUCAGCCUCUUUUCUCUUGUGCUUAUCGUCAGCUGCCGAAGGCAACAUUGUCAGAUUGGUUGGUUCGAGUUCAGAUGGGUAUUGCGCUGGAAGAGUUGAAAUCUACCACAAUGGAGAAUGGGGAACAGUCUGUGACGAUUACUUUGACUCUAAUGAAGCUGAUGUGAUCUGCAAACAGUUAGACUGUGGACCACAAUUAACUGUUCAUGCAUCGGCUCACUUUGGUGAAGGCACAGGAAAGAUCUGGCUGGAUGAUGUGGGCUGUUUAGGAAACGAAAAUUUUCUUUCUGAAUGCAGCCACAGAGGAUUUGGAAUCCACAACUGUGAACAUAGUGAGGAUGCAGGUGUCACUUGUUCUUCUCAACAGAUCUUGCCAUUUCCAUCAUGCUCUGGAGACGUCCAGUUAUACCACGAUCGGGGAUGGAGAAGACUCAGUUAUAGCGGCUUUGACAUAAAUGCUGCUAAAGUGGCCUGCAGACAGAUGGGCUGUGGUGCAUUAAUCUCUCAGUCAGUCUACGGCUACAGCUACAGCGUCGUGCUGCCUGAUUUGAAAUGUUCCGGAAGUGAAUUUUCUCUAAAAGAAUGUCAGCACAGUAAUUCUUGGACAUACCAAUAUGGUUCCUAUGCUUAUGUCUCUUGUUCAGAUUAUCGAGUCCGUCUAACUGGACCGUCUCGGUGCGCUGGACGAGUAGAAAUCUACUUCAGUAGUGCCUGGCAAACAGUGUGUGAUGACAGCUGGGACUUGAAUGAUGCUCAGGUGGUCUGCAGUCAGCUGAACUGUGGCGUAGCCAUGGCUGCUCCUCACUCAGCGUACUUCGGAAAAGGAGCAGAUAAAAUCCUCUUUGACGAUGUGGCCUGUAUGGGGAAUGAAACACAUCUGACUCGGUGCUCAAACAGAGGAUACUGGGUGCAUAACUGCAGUCAUAAUCAGGAUGCUGGUGUGAUCUGCUCAGCCGGUCUGAGCAGGUUAAAUGGGCCUAGUAGAUGUUCUGGACGAGUUGAAAUCUUCACCAAUGGAUCCUGGGGAACCAUCUGCAAUAACAGCUGGGACAUAAACGAAGCUCGAGUGGUCUGCAGACAGAUGGGAUGUGGUACAGCACUGAGUGUCCUUCAGUUUGGAGAGGGAACAGGAGAAAUUAAUGAAGUGACCUGCACAGGGAGCGAAAGAUAUCUGCCUGAGUGUUCGUACAGUAGAGUUGGAGCUCAGAACUGUAAUCACAGUCAGGAUGCUGGUGUCAUCUGUUCAGGCCCUGUAAGGCCCACUAUUGGACUUACUCCUCAAGGUGACAUCACUUUGGGUCGUAAUGUCAGCAUCAGUUGUUCAGUCACUGAUGCACAAGUAAGAGGGAUAUUUGUCUUGACGACGACCACAGGCUCAUUCAGCCGGGCUGUGAACUCAAGCAGCAGCUCUGCUACUUUCUAUAUCCUUCAAGCCACUUUCAAUGAUCAGGGAUGGUACAAGUGUCAGCUUCAAAUCAUGCUUCCCAAUGAAAACUUCACCACUCUCUUUAGUGACACAGUCCAACUAAGAGUGAUCUUUCCACAACCCACGAUCAGUAUUGAACCUUCUGGAGUGAUUAAUCUCAAUCAGGAUGUUAGAAUCAUUUGUUCAGUCACUAGUGAACAAGGAGGAGGAUCAUUUAUCUUCAGGAAGUUUUCAGGAAGUUUCAGUGAGACUGUGAACUCAAGCAGCAACUCUGCUACUCUAAGUAUCCCUAAAGUUACCUUUACGGAUGAGGGAAACUACCAGUGUCAGUUCAAAGUGAGGAUUUCUAAUGAAGACUUCAGCACCAGCUUCAGCAGUUAUGUCUCACUCUAUAUUAACGGUGAAAUUCCAAAACCCAACAUCACCUUGCAGCCAGUUGGUCUGGUUUCCUGGGGUCAGAGUGUCAGCAUCGUGUGUGACGUUAUGGAUGGAUUGAGUGGAUCGUUUAUCUUCACAAACCCUCCYGGUUCUGUCAUUCAGACUGUAAACUCAAACAGCAACUCGGCUACUUUCCAUAUCGCGCAAGUCCGUUUGGGAAAUGAGGGAUUGURCCAGUGUCAGUUUCAAAGAACGGUUUCUGGUGAAGUGUUUCACACCAACUUUAGUGACCCUGUUUGGCUAACCGUGAACCUUUCACAGCCGACCAUCACCUUGGAUUCUGCCGGUGGGGUGAUGUGGGGUCAGGAUGCCACCUUCACCUGUUCUGUCAUCGAGGGUCAGGCAGGAGGAUUAUUUGUCUUUAGGAGAACAUCUGGUAAUUUCAUCCAAACUGUAAGCUCAAGUAGCAACACAGCUACCUUCCAUAUCACUCAAGCUAACUUGGGAGAUGAGGGAUUAUACCAGUGUCAGUUUCAAAGGACAGUUUCUGAUCGAGACUUCAACACCAGCUUCAGUGACCCUGUMCAACUAACUGUAUUUCUUCCAAAGCCCAGCAUCACUUUGGAUCCUGCUGGUGUGGCUUCUAUUGGUCAGACUGUCAACAUCGCUUGCUCAGUCUCUGAGGGUCAAGUAGGAGGAUCAUUUAUCUUCAAGAAGACAUCAGGACCAAUUAUUCAUGUUGUAAAUUCAAGCAGCAGCUCGGCUUCAUUCCACAUCAAUCAAGUCAACUUGGUGGAUCAUGGAUCGUACCAGUGUCAGUUUCAAAGAAGGUCUUUUAAUCAAGACUUGAGCACCAACUUGAGUGAUUCUAUCCAACUAACUGUSAGCCUACCAAAGCCUACCAUCACUAUCCAGCCCACUGAUUUGGUUAUGUGGGGCCAGGAUGUCCAAAUUACUUGUUCGAUCACUGGGGGUGAAGUAGGAGGAUCAUUCAUCUUCACAAAGACCCCAGGUCCUUUCACCCAGACUGUGGACUCGAGCAGCAACUCGACUAUUUUACAUAUCCAUCAAGUCAACUUUACAAAUGAGGGAUCGUACCAGUGUCAAUUUCAAAGAGCAGAUUCUAGCUCUGUUUUUAGUGACUAUGUCAACCUGAACGUGACAGUGAUUCUUCCAAAACCAAGCAUCGCCAUGGAUCCUGCAGGCGUGGUUACCUUUGGUGACCUCAUUGCCAUCAAUUGUUCUAUCUCGACCCAAUAUUUAGGCGGAUCAUUCACCCUGCAGAAGACCUCUGGAUCAUUCACUAAGACCCAACAAUCAAGUACCAACUCCUCUACGUUCAGAUUUCUUGAAGCCAAUGAUAAUCAUGUGGGAGAUUACCGCUGUUAUUACGAAACACUUGUGGAAUAUAAAACUUUCACCUCCCCUCUAAGUGACAAUGUCACAGUUUCUGUUGCUAAUAACUGAAGGUCAUUGAGGGUUAUUGCUUCUUGGACUUUUUCCUUCACAAAUGUAAUGUAUAAUCUUCUAUGGGAUAAAAGGUGAUUGCUUUAUUUUUAGAUUUUGAGCCUAUUUAUAUUUCUGCCUUCAUACUGUAAUUAUCAUUGUUUUGUAUUKGAUGRUGUUCUUCUCUGUGGGUGAAUUUUAUUAAAUGAUGUWGCCCAGAAUUUGAUAGAUUUUAUUACUGGUAYUUAAACAUUUGUGAGUGACAAAACUUUUUGUAAUCUUUCUUCUAUCAAUCAUUUAAUAACCAAACUAGUCUGUAAAACUGGAUGAGUAUGGAUGUAUAAUGCACUGCAAAAACAAGCAUACUGAACUUUAUUKGAUUUCCUGGGUAUUUUGGACUAUGUCUCUGUAUCAGACACCUUGACUGAAGUUUUUGUCUAUUCUAAUUUACAAAAUAAUUCAAGCUCACCCAGUUUGGAGAUGUACGUCUCUGAACAUUCAUUUUAAUGUUUUGCCACAAAUUCACAAUCAAAUGUAGGUAUUGAGUUKGACAAGGAUAUUCUAACACAUGAGUAUGCAUUGAUGGAACUGCAGCGCAGAUCAAAAAUUCAGUUUUGACCUGCAUACAAAAACAKUAUUGGCUACAAAGGUCUGAAUAUAAACGCAUUCUGCAUUUUCAGGAUUUUAUGAAGAGCACUUAAACUGAGCUGAGGUGAUUCAAAAAUUGGGCUGAAGUGGAGAAAAGGAUUUUCCUCCAUUAGACAAGUUUGGUAAAUAUACUUAACAUAUCUCAGUUGUUGAUUAGGAAUAUUCAGAAAGUCAAACUUCUCUGACUUGGUUCCUGGAGCAGAUGACUGUGCACAUAUUGGUAAUCAGGAGGGAAAAGUUAGGACAAUUCCAAGGACUCCUGUGGGGCCCUCCCACAAAAAAUAGUUUUUUUUUAUAGAAAUAGAAAAAAAUUACAAAAUCAUAUAGUGUUUUAAAAAUGAUUUUAGAAGUAAAAAUUAAAUGUUACUACUCCCAGACCAAAAAGCACACAUCUAUAUUUUCCCCGAACACCCCCCUGUAUCCACAUGAAAUGGUUCGUUCCUGCUUAGCGAACUUGACGUUAACGUCAACUCGUUUUAACUUCAAGCUCUUCUGACUGCAACAGUGAGAAGACAAGAACGACUUUGGCAGUUACUACGCUGCUAAGAAAAAAAUAUGCCGUCAGGUUUUCAAAGAGAGAGAGAGAAUUUAUAGUCCAGUUUUUCUCCAAGAGAGGUGGGUAGACUUUGUGAGAUUAUUAACCAUUUAGCAUAUUUAGCUUAGCUACAGACUACUGUUUUCCUUCAUUUCACUAGCAUUUAAUGAAUGAAGUAAAGAAUUUAAUAUUUUMAUAUAUUUAACUUGUCCCUGGUUUUUUGUUAAUCAAAUACAAACACRGGACACAUUUACAUGAUCAGAUGCUCAUUUGAUAUUCUUGUKUAUAUUUUUUGUUUCYUUACAAAGUGCAWUGUUGUUCCUGGUUUUCCCAUGUCAUACACAGCUUUUUAAACAUAAAAAGAAUCUUUUGAUUAAAAAUGGWGAUUAAAAACUACACAGACACUAACCAAACAAACACUCACAGUUGGGAAGAGCGACACAGCAGCUUAUCUGGAACCUUGAACGACUUGUGGCCGGAACAAAACUCAAACGCUGCAUGUGCAAUGCUCUUAAAGUCACUUAUUUCAUUCAACUAACGUAUAAACAAAGUUUCAAUAAAGUUUUGAUAAACUUAAGAUCCUCAAUUCCUGCCAUAUGGGUCUAUCUCUGUAGACCAGUGAUGAUGACCUCAAGAUUACCAGGACAUGGUCCAGCAUCAACAACUUUAUGUCAGGAAGUAAAAUUUCUUCAAAGGAAUGGUAAAACAUAGAGUCUCGAACACACUAGUGGCGUUUAUCGUCACAGUAACAAAGAUGUUUACUAUUUAGACUGGUUUCAAGUGAGUAAAACUUGACGUUGAUUAUUAUCAAGGAACACUUUAUUUGUACUGUAAAAGUAGAAAAUGAYUUCAGAACCAAAAAAUGUAUGUUGGAAAAAGACUUUUUACACAGGGUAAAUUCAUCUGAAACACUUGGAAAACAAGGUAGAAUGUAAUUAUAAAUGUUAUUUAUUUGAUYGGAAAUCUUUCAGAAA